AGAGAGAGAGAGAUAAAGAGAGAGAGAGCCCACGAGCAGGAGGAAAAGCGCACGAGACGUCGCAGUAGUCAUCCGAAAGGCAGCGUCCAUCACUUCAGCUGAUGCAAAACCAGACAGCUUAUGUUGGAGGCAGCUACUUGACAUUAGCGACUUAGUUAUUAAUCUAAAAGAUAAAUUAAAAAGACGCAGAGGAGGACGAGAAAAAUGGGGCAUACCGCAAUCCCUUUCCUGGUGGCUGUUUUGUCCUAUUGCGUGUGGGAAAACGCCGAGGCCCUCGCMAUGGCCGAGGUGAACGGACCGGGCCCCCAGCUGGCCGAACCACAGAUCGCUAUGUUCUGCGGCCGUCAGCUCCUGCACAUGAACAUCCAGAGUGGGCAGUGGGAGCCGGAUCCUCAGGGCCGCCAGGGCUGCUUCAAGGACCCCAAUGAAAUCCUGUCCUACUGUCAGGAGAGGGCGAGUAUGUGAGCGAGGCCCUGCUGGUGCCCGACAGAUGUCGCUUCCUCCAUCAGGAGCAGAUGGAUGCCUGUGAGAGCUACGUCUACUGGCACAACAUCGCCAAGGAGGAAUGUACGGCAGAGAAUCUGGAGCUGCACAGCUAUGGGAUGCUGCUGCCCUGUGGGGACCAUUUCCGAGGCGUUGAGUACGUGUGCUGCCCAGGCAGAGGUAGCUCAACCGGCAGAGGAGAGGCAGAGGAGCGAGACCCACUCGACGUUCCUCAGACGCUCGCGUCCCAGACGAGUGGAAAACUAAACUCUGUCACCAAAGCAGCAGCUCCCACUCCGAGUCCUUCUCCUGACACGGACGUGGAUGAGGCCGAUAUGGAGGAGGAGGACGAUGACGACGACGUGGUGGAAGAAGAAGAGGACGAGGAGGAGGAUGACGUCGACGAGGAGGAGGUGGAAGACGAGGAAGAAGAGGAGGCGACGGCUGCCAAAGACCCAGAGGAGUACGAAUACUCCUUCGACUCCAGGCCGUAUCAGACGUCCGACUAUUUGAGCACGUUUUACUCUGAGAACAGCUACAAACCCACCACGGCUGCACCUCUGAUGAAGGGAGACAGCUUCACCACGCCUCGGCCCACAGAUGGUGUCGAUGUUUACUUUGAGAARCCAGUGGACGACACGGAGCACGUCAACUUCCUGCGCGCCAAAACAGACCUGGAGGAGCGCAGAAUGAAGCGCAUCAACGAGAUCAUGAAGGAAUGGGCCGAGGCUGACAACCAAUCGAAAAAUCUGGCAAAGUCUGAGCGUCAGGCCCUGAACGAGCACUUCCAGUCCGUGCUGCAGACGCUGGAGGAGCAGGUCGCCGGGGAGAGGCAGAGAAUGGUGGAAACUCAUCUGGAAAGAGUCGAGGCCAUUCUCAACAACAAUCGGCGCCUGGCUCUGGAGAACUACCUGACGGCCGUGCAAUCGGAUCCCCCCCAGCCCGAGCGGGUGCUGCAGGCUCUGAAGCACUACAUGGCGGCCGAGCAGAAGGACCGCAGACACACGCUGAGGCACUACCAGCACAUCGUGGCCGUCGACCCCCAGAAAGCUGAGCAGAUGAAAUUCCAGGUGUACACACAUCUCCACGUCAUCGAGGAGAGGAUGAACCAAAGUUUCGCUCUGCUGUACAAAGAUCCUACGUUAGCUGAGGAGCUGCACUACGACAUCCAGGAACUAGUGAAGGCGGAACGWGGCGACAUCAGCGAACUCAUGACCACCUCCAUUUCUGAAACUCGCACCACCGAGGAGCUGCUGCCGGCCGAGAGCGAGGAGGAAAAGGACGAUGAGGAAGAAGAGGAUAGGCCUUACCCUCUUCGUAUUGAUGUGCAGCCUAAUAAGAAAGAGGAUGAAUAUGACUACAACACAUCAGAGCGAAGUCCUACUUACGAGAAUGAGGAAAAGAUCAACACCUCUGCAGAGCUCAAGCAGGCAAUCAAACCCAAUGAGAUUGCAAGGGAUGAACUACAACCCGAUGCCUUGGAGACGUUUAACCGUGGCGCCAUGGUGGGGUUGUUGGUGGUGGCUGUGGCUAUUGCAAUGGUGAUGGUCAUCAGUCUGCUGCUGGUGCGCAGGAAGCCAUAUGGCACUAUCAGCCAUGGGAUUGUAGAGCAGGUCGACCCCAUGCUGACCCCGGAGGAAAGGCAGCUCAACAAAAUGCAGAACCACGGCUACGAGAACCCCACCUACAAAUUCUUUGAACAGAUGAACUGAAGCACCAGGUGCUUUUGCCAGCAAAGUCAUGCCUGACCUCGUGUGCGCCCCCUCCCCCACCCCCCCACAAACACACAAUCUCCAUUAAGUCUAAGCUGAACCACCCCUCGGGUGGUUUUAUGAUGUGUUGCAAAAAUCGUAAGCAACYGCUAAAGUUUGGGGGUUUACCUCCCCAUCCCGAUCAUAACUCUUCAUCAUUACGUGAACAAUGAGGUCCUGUAGCUAUUGGAAUCUGAUUUGUUUUAGAUUUAGCUGUGCCACAACCUUUUCAUGAUCCUGGAAAAWCUCCCUGUGGCAUGACUUGACCCACAUUAGAAUCUAAUUUUGAAUGGUGCAUAAUGCUUUAUAACCGUUUCUGUUUUUUUUAGUAGUAGUAGUUCCUUUGCUGAGAUUGUACCACCGUUAAAAAUAUAUCUGUGUAGAUGGGUGUGAAUGACAGCCUAGCUUAUAGUUCACUUCAGCUUUCUGCGACAUCAGACGGCAUUCAAAAUUUGAUGUGGAGGUCGAUGAAUGUAUGAGACAGACUGAAAUAAAUGACGGAAAAACACAGAAAUUGAAACAGAACUACGGUUAAUGGUACAAAAAAUAGUUCUACCUUGGACGAAAUACCCUAUAUAAUAAUUUGGGCAAAAAAUGUCAUAAACAUUAUUUUGCUUAUUUAAUUAGAAAACGGUUUGGUUUUGUUUGUUCUGCUUUUGAAAGAUCAAAAGUCYGGUAUUUUACCAAAAGCAUGACGUUUUAGCGUACGACACUGCAGUGUUUCUUUGUGUUCCUGUCAUUGCCUUUUCGAAGAGUCCGCAACGUCACCGUUUCCAAAGUGGACACUGUAAAUACGAAUUACACGCGACUAGAUGUAGACGUUUCUAUGAUUAAUUUGCAUUAACGUAACAGAAGAAAUAUAUUAAAAAAUGAUGAUAAUAAUAAUAGUGAUGAUGAUAAACAAUAAUAACUGUGCUGUUAUGAGAAGGAGAAACAUUUUCCUAACAUGGCUGAUUGAAAACGGACUGUUGUAAUAACCAGCACAAGACAACGACACAGCAACUACUUUCUGAAUGUAUUCAAGGUAGACGUUGAGAUUCCAUCCUCUCUUAUUUAUUUGAUUAUUUAUUUUAUUUCCAUCACUUCCCUUUUAGUAACCCUUAGCGGGAGCAGUCCAGUCCWGAACUAUCUAGGAGACGAACUAGCCGACGCUCUCGUUCAUCACUUUCUGUAGCAUUUUUGCGAAUGUAUAUUUGAUCAGAGGCAUAGUUAGAUGUUUUAUCCUGCACGAAGCAGUGGAGUGUAAAAUGGGCACAGCUACUGUAAUGUAAAGCGUCAGUGUGUGACUCGUAGAAAACACGCCGCACUCUGUUGUGGAAGUUUUUUUUAAUAUAUAUAUAUUUUUGAAUGUCACUUUAACAUGACUGAACUCAUCAACACUGAUGGUAGUGCUCGAUGACGGUUUUAUUUACUYGCAUCAUGAAAACAGCUUUUCACCGAAUGACUCAGUCGUUUUUUUCACAYUGGUGACCAACUCUGCAUAGGUAAGUAACAAUAAGAUAAAGGGAUUGCCCCCUCUCUUUCUGACUAACUCUUUACUGCUCAAUGUGUCAGCUUGAUUUGAUUGUUAAACCCACAUAAUUGUAUCAUUUGGUCAUCUUGAUGUAGAAAAAGGUCACACUGUGGAAUGUCACUUUUGGGUCUUUGGUCUUUAUCUAUAUGCUCCAUACCAAAAUCAACUUCCAUUUUUUUUUUGUUUGUUUUUUUAGCAAACCAUUUUCUAUAAAGUUUGUAUUUUUUUUUUAAUUCCUUGAGGAAGUUGAGUAAAUUAUCRCAACUUGCGGAUUUUUUCUUGCAUUAAAAAAAGAGCAAAACGUUCUGAUUAGUGGGGUAUCUGAGUUUAACCUUGCCAUAAUUUGGGUUUGUCUCGCCGGGCGGGUUUAAWAGCAGGUUGUGGCUGAGUUAUGACGCGUUGAAGACAAAGUCAWAGCCCCUGUAUAUUUUGUACAGCUCCGUUAGUGAAUGAAAACAUUGUAUGUUCACAGUUUAAGUCAGUCGAUCUUGUAAUGAUACUUCUGAAACCAUAGAUGAGAAGAAGCUUGCCUGUGUUUCCCAAACCACUGACGGUUUCCUACCAGCAUUUAGCAGACUUAGAACGGUGUAUACUCUAGUUACUCAAGUCACAUUUGUACCUACGUCCUCAGUCGGAUUCUAGACUUCUUUGUUGGUCUGUCCCCUAUACCUUCCCGAUGAAAUGUAAACUAUGUUAUUGAGGUUUUAAUUGCUGCAUUAUUGCCUUUUACAAUGCUGUGUUUUGGAUGUAAUUAUUCUGUAUUUUUUAUUUAAACUGUACGUAAUAAUCAGUUGGAACAAGGGUCAUGUGUUUCACAUGGAAUUCACAAGCAUGUAUAUGCGGAAACAAAAUAAUAAAAACAGCAAACAAAAGACAUGUAAAUACUUGUCCUGGAAUAUGAAAAGCAGUCACACGAAGCACAAGCUGAACUAAAUUAUUGAUUUGUGUAAAAAGAAAAAAAGGUUGGAAACGUAAGAGCGGCUGUCUGAUUGGGAUUUGAAUUAAAGGAUGUUGCUGAGAAAGAGAGAGAGAGAGAGAGCUGCUCUUCAUGCUCAUUAGAAACCUUUAACCAAAGACAUGUUUCCUAAAUAUUCAGACACGGAGUUCUUUAUUUGGCCAAAACGUUUUCAGUGUAACUGUAUUGUUAGAAAUUUGACAAAUUGAAACUGGUCAAGUUAAAUAACUGUAAUAAAAGUGAAUGACCCCUUA